AUGGAGGAAACAUUUGCGAACUUUUCAAAGUUUGGAGACACUAAGUCAACCGGAAAGGAAUUAGAUAACCAGAAAUUCAGCAAGCUGUGUAAAGACUCCGGGAUUAUGGGAAAACUUGUCACUUCUACAGAUGUCGACAUCAUCUUCUCCAAAUAUAAACCGAAAGGAGGUAGAACGAUAACCCUGAAAGAGUUUAACCUGAUACUGGACGACCUGUGCGUAAAGAGGUUUCCUAAAAAGGAAACACUAGAUGAGAAGAAGGAAGCUAUCAGGACUCUUAUCGCUGGAAAGGGACCAACAACUAAAGGAACAACGAAGGUCAGCACGAAGGGAGUAACUGAUCGUCUAACUGAUACCAGCAGAUAUACAGGAAGCCACAAGGAAAGAUUCGGAACGGACGGAAAAGGUAAAGGUCUGAAAGGAACUAGGGAGGACACCCUUGAAUAUGAUGGCUACGUUGUAGGGUAUAAAAACAAGGACACUUACGGUGAGGCUCACUAAGAUAAUUGACAAUGGAAUAAAAUCUUGGAGAGGAUUGGAUCUUUUUAAGUUUAUAACCUACCAAGACGCGCGCCGAGUUGGAUUCGUCGACGGUCUUGAAACAAUAUUUGAAACAAAUAUUUUACGAGUAUCACCCGUUAAAUUGGAUUUUGGUCGCUCUUUUAGUUUUGGUGCAAAAUCUUCAUUAAUUCCGGAAACUUUGCACAGGCCUUCCUUAUUAACUUAUCGAAACACGUUCGGAGAACAUUUUGCCAUUUUUGUCUCGUUUGUUAUGAAAAGUAAAGGGUUAAGGUAAUAUGUUUGUCAGUAACUUGUGUUAUAUAAACAAGCAUAUUAAGCUGAUUCCGAAGUCUCUACAACUUUCAGACGCAAAAAGGCAGUUGUAUCGUUGGGCCAAUAUGGGCGUGGUUAUUCCCAUGAUAACUUGUUUGUCUCCGAGCGUGUUUCGAUAAGUUAACCCAUUAGAAAAGUUUUAAGAGAAUCUGAAAAUGUUCAGGCCAAUUUGAUGUGUUUAAAUGACUGGACUAACAGAAAGGUACGGAUAUAGUUUUGUUAAUAUUAGCUUUGAGAAGAGUAGUUUUAUUCUAUUUCCAGCUUGUGAAAGUAUGGCAUAAAGUAAAGAGUUAAACAUGAACUUUUAACAUUUUAUUUUUCGAUUUAAUUAUUGUGUAGAUAUGCUUUCACUUACUUUUAUAAUUACUGCUUGAUUAAAUCUGUUCCGUCUCUCAUAGUUAUUAUUUGACCCAAAAUGCCUUUUAAAAGUUUAGAUAUAAAAUUUCCAAGCCCAACAUUUCUUAUGCCAACACUUCUGUUAGACACAGCGAGCCACCAUCCUUACCAUUCAGUAUCGUAGUGUCUGU